AUGUCUGAUAAUAUCUCUACUGGGACAUUUUUGAGAAUUGAAGAAGGUAAUGCAGCGGGCCUUGACGAUUCAACAGGCCUUAAACUUUCAACAGGUCUUGACAAUUCAGCGGGCCUUGACAAUUCAGCGGGCCUUGACAAUUCAGCGGGCUUUGCCAAUUCAGCGGGCAUUGCCGAUUCAACAGGCUUUGACGAUUCAACAGGCUUUGUCGAUCCAACAGGCUUUGUCGAUUCAACAGGCUUUGUCGAUUCAACAGGUCUCUCCCGCACUCGAAAGAAGAAAACUAGCUUCUGA